AUGGAGUAUCAGUUCUGGAUGAAUGAGAGCACUAAAGUGCAUACCCUCGCCACAAACCUGAAAUCCUUUUCAAUCUACUCAACAGUCGAAGAGGUGUUUUUGGCUAUACCCCCUCUUCAUGAAGCUGUCUCUGGCAACAGAUUCAAAGUCAUUCCAUAUCUCAUUGAACAGGGUGCUAACGUUAAUGCCAGGGCUAAUUCCGGUUACACCCCGCUUCACCUUGCAGCCAUUGUUGGUCACAUUGAGUGUGUCAGAGUAUUACUAGAUUGUUCUGCUGAUGUCAGUCUUACAGAUGACUAUGGUAAAACUCCAAGACAGACAGCUAGCCAGGGAAAAAGUUCAAAUAUAGUUCGACUUUUAAGGAGCAAAGGUAAACUGUUACUUAAACAGAUUGAGGCAAAGAUAUGCACUUUAGUGCUCUUGUUUAUUAAGAUUAUUAAAGAAGUGAAGACAAAUGGUGAUAAUCUCACUGCCUUGCUGAGAGUUAGAAUAGAUGAUCUGGAGCCUCACUGCCUUGAGGAUGCGCUCACAGCUGCUGUUGAGGUUGGGAACCAUUUCAAUGUUGGGAAACUUGUCGUCAAAGGUGCCACAAACAUCCAACAAGCUUUGGAAGACUCUAAGCGACUGCAGAAACAUGAGGCAAGGGCCAUGCUCUUACUGGUCAUUGCUGCACAGACAAAUGACCGAGACUUGGUCCUUAAGCUGUUUGGUGUACCAGCACAAAAAAACACAACACAUCCACUGGCCAAUGACGAUGAUUUUUCUGAAAUCCAGAAAGUCGUCAUAAGUGGGCGUGUCUCAACUGUUGUUCCAAUAGAGGUAGCACGACGCCAUCAGAAUCCAGUUGUACGAGAGGAGCUUCUCCUGAGGACUGAUGUGAACCAGGAAGAGGGUUCUGUCUAUUGGCACGGCCUUCGUCUACUUGUGCUUGAUCUCUCUUGGAUCCGCAGGAUACACUGGGUAAAGAGACUGAGACUGGCUAGAAAUGGAUUUCAAGCCAUCCCAAAUGAAAUUGGAGACUAUUUGAAACAAGUGGUAAAACUAGACCUCCAGCGCAAUGAAUUGGUGACUGUCCCACGCUGUCUGUUUGAGUUACCCAGUCUUAACGAACUCAAUCUGAGCAAUAACAAACUAAUUGAAAUACCUUAUGUACACGAGUGGUCCCCUGGUCUCACUGUUCUUGACCUCUCCUCUAAUGAGCUCUCUAGUCUACCAGCUGAUAUUGUUGCUCCUUCCAUUAGGACUCUCAACAUUAGUUAUAAUCGUUUCCGUACUGUCCCUCUCUCUGUUUGUUCCUUUAAGAGUCUUCAGCACUUGAACAUCAGUUUCAAUAAAAAUAUACGCUCUCUGCCAGUGGAGAUGGGUCGAUUGCAGAAUCUUAUUAAGCUUGUUACUGAUGGACUCAAGGACUUGAGUGAUCCUCCUCGUAACAUGCAGCGUGAUGCCAGGGACUGUGUACGAUACCUCAACAAUAAACUACGCUCCGCUCGUAGGUUCUAUCGAAUGAAACUUGUGCUGCUAGGGAAACAGAACUGUGGUAAGACAACACUGGUCGCCCGUUUACAAGGACUUGAUGUUGGUAUCAACCAGUCAACUGUUGGGGUUGAUGUGAGCAAGUGGCAUUAUGCUGGGGGACUGGGACGUAAGAAAAUUAAGUACCAGUUCAGUAUUUGGGAUUUUGGUGGUCAGGAGGAGUACUGUGCAAUAUAUCAGUGCUUCCUAUCAGGGCGAUCCAUGUAUCUGUUGCUGUGGAAUGUACAGGAUGGGGAGGAAGGUAUUCAAGAGUUGAAACCUUGGCUUGAUAAUAUUGCACUGAGAGCUCCUCGCUCUUGUGUCCUUAUUGUCGGUACUCACCUUGAUUCUGUUGAAGAAGGUGAUCGUCCUGAAGUGGACAGGCUCCUUGAGAAAGUUGCUAAACUAGCACAGACCUAUCAGAACAAGCUAUUGGUACCAGAGGUACUAGCAGUCGGUCUAAUGAACCGUUUGGAGAAUAUUGAGCUCCUUAGGGAGCUAAAUGAAGAGCUGGAGAAGAUACGAGAGGAGGUCAGAAAAGGUGUGAGAGACCCUGUCAUGAAUGUAGCUCAGUUUAGGAAUCUUGUCCACAAGCUCAAUCUUACUGACUUAUGCAGUGAUGAGGAGCUACGUACUGCCACACUCUUUCUUAAUGACGUUGGUACUAUACUCCAUUAUGAUGACAGGAGCCAUGGGAUCAACGAGCUCUAUUUUAUUGAUCCACAAUGGCUCUGUAAUAUGAUGUCUGAGAUUGUAACAGUCAGGGAGAAAAACCCCUUUGUUAAAAAUGGUAUAUUUUACAGUAGAAAUGUUCCAUUUUUAUUCCGUGACCCAAGAUUUCAGUGGGAGUACUUUGGGUGUUACCUCACUCUCCUUGAUCGGUUUGAGAUUGCCCUCCCUUUGAACAAUCGUCAGAUCCUGAUCCCCUCCAUGCUUCCAGACGAGAGGCCAGAGAAUGCUGAUAUACCAUAUGAUAAGUCUGCUCCUCUUUACAUUCGCUUCAUUAACUUUCAGUCCUCAUCCCCACCGGGAUUCUGGAGUCGCCUCAUAUCACGCAUAAUGCAUACAGUUCCUCAGGUAUGCAGGGCACUGGAUGUUCUAGCUGAUUAUAACAAUGAGACUCAUUCAACAGCUGAUGAGGACACCAUACCUGGGGUACCUCCUGUGACUAAUGUAACUAAUGAAACAUCAGCUCAAGUGAUCAGCUCACCUGUUCUUUCUCCAUCAUCCAACCAGUUCCUCCUUCCAAACAUUAACUGUUUCAUAAUAGAUGAUGACAAUACUGAGCCUUUCAAACCCAAGGACAUUGAGCUCCUCUAUUGGAAGAGUGGUAUAGUUUACAAAGACCCAGAUCUUUCAUUUGGGGUUGAGUCUCUCAGGAAAUCAAAGGUCCUAGCUCAUACAAACAGGGAUGGCAUCGUUAUCCUUGCCUCUCCAAAUAGUAAAGGGAGAAAGCUCAUUUGUCAGUUGGUUGAUAUUAUACUCAACCUCAUACAUGAGUGGUAUCCGGGCCUGGAGGAGAAUAAUGUGAACUCUGGUGUAGAGCAGAAGGUACCUUGCUACGAGUGUCAUAAGCUUGGAUGUGAAAAACCUUUCGAAUUUAAAAUAGAUCAAUACAUGCCAAUAAUCAUUAGCAGUAGAACUCAGAUUGAAUGUGGAUAUGAGAGAGAUGCAGCGAGGAAUCACAAAGUCUCUCUGGUUGAUAUCAUGCCUGACUUGCUCCUCCAAGACUUGGAUGCUAAUUAUUUGCUCAAAUCAGAAGAGAUCAAGUUUCAAGAAGACAAGGACUCCCUCCUAGGAGAGGGAGGGUUUGGUAAGGUGUACAGAGGAAAGUUUCGUAGUAAAAGUGUUGCUAUAAAGAAGUAUCUUAUGAGACAGGAAGAGGCUUUUAAUGAGCUAUGCCAUGAAGCUAAACUACUGCAGAAAUCCCAUCAUCCUUUCAUAGUCUGUCUUGUUGGUGUGAAUGUUCAUCCGUUGACGGCUCUUAUACUAGAAGAGGCUCCAAUGGGAUCCCUUGAGAGACACCUCAUCAAGGAAUCAACUCUAAUCCCAAGACUUACAAUGUUCCGUAUUGCUGCCCAAGCUGCAGCUGCUUUACGCUUCCUACAUCAACACGGGAUCAUAUUCCGUAGUCUCAAAGCAGCCAAUGUCCUCCUAUGGUCACUGGAUGAGACUUCACUCUGUCAUUCAAAACUUACCGAUUUUGGAAUAGCAACACACUUGGCACCAUUAGGUGUCAUGGGUAUUCAAGGGGAUAAAAGUGUCAUUGCACCAGAGGUUCUUUACAUAGGACAGAAAAGAACCAUUUAUAAUCACAAAGCAGACAUAUUCUCAUUUGGCAUGCUCCUUUAUCAGAUGAUUGCCCGUCGUCAUCCAUUCCAUAAUGUACAGCCAGUUAGAAUUGACACUAAAGUAGUCCAGGGAGACAGGCCUUCAACUGUUGAUAUGCCAAUCGCCGAAACUGGGUACUUCUUUUUAACGCGUCUGAUGGAGAAAUGCUGGAAAGAUAAAGCAGACGAUAGACCAGAGACCUCAGAGCUAAUUAGUGAUGUGUCAAAAGUCACCUUUCAAUCAAUAAUGGGUGUCCUGCCUGUGAGAAGCCGGUUUUCACUUAAAUGUGGUUGUGCUAUCACUCCUCAUGACUAUGUCAAAGCAAACAUCACUGGGCAUACCAACAGUGAGCUAUGGGUCUGCUGUGAUGGAGCUGAAGGAGCUGAGCUCAAUAUAUUCAAUACAAACAGAAUGGCUAAAACU